UACGAUGCCUUAUUAUAUCCUCGCGUUAUAUCGCCGCGCGUUGUAUUUCAACGCGUCAUGUUACUACGCGUUAUAUUGCCACAUGUUAUGCCGUCGCGCGUUGCAUUACGAUGUCUUAUUAUAAUCUCGUGUUAUAUCGCCGCACGAUGCAUUACGACACAUUAUGCCACUACUCGUUAUAUUGCCACAUUUUAUAUCGUGCGUUACAUCACGACACAUUAUACCACUACAUGUUAUAUUGCCACGCAUUAUAUCAGAUUAUAUUCCAUUACUUUAAUUUUGAUCGAUCUAUUAGACGCACACGGUGCGUCGUCUCUUAUCGUAUAAACAAUACGCAUCAUGUGUCAAUAAUUUUCUACACUUCGUUGAAAAUUUUUAUAUACAUGACAUUUCAAUAUUCGGUUGAUCGUGCGGUAUGUUUUAAUAUUCUUUUAAUUGCAUCUUUUUCUUUAUCUUAAUUGAUGUUGCGUCAUUGAUUUUAAUAGUGAAGGUAUUCGGUAUAGGUCGUUGAUUUGCAAUAUGUUACUCCAGUUGAUUGACUGGUUGAUGGUAGUUACCAGUUUUCGAUCGCAAGUUCUCUUUUACUAGUUGCAGAAGGUCGUCGAGGGUUUUGCGAAACGCCCCACCAUUAUGAUUUUUCAUUUAAGUAUGCUGUAAGCGUUACGAGCCGGCUUAGUCCGCGCUCAGACUACUGAAAUAAUGUACCAUUCGGACAAUACAACAUAGUAAUUUUCUUUUUCCGAGUUCACACGAGUUCAUUUAACACGAUCGUAAAUAAAAAGCGGUAUUUCCGGAACGGAAAGUUGUACAAAUGAUACGCUGAAUUCGGUAGAAGACAAACGAAAAGUGCGGAAAAUAUAAAAUCAAAGUUUGAUAAGAAAAUUAUGAUAAUAAAUACUGGAGAAGAAGAAAGAUAGCUUAAACAUUAAAUAAGUAGAGAAGAAAGAUAACACUGACAUUAUUUGCAAACGUUCAAAUAACUUUUAAACAAUAAACACAUUAAUAAAUCAAAAUGUUUUGUUAUGAAAAUGUAUAAUAAAAAAAUGAAAAUAAAUCUCACUGAUAAAAAAGUCGUAGUUAAAACAAACGAGACAAAAAAUGCCACGAUGUACCAUGGGCGUAACUGUUUUUUUUUCUAGAAUAGAACUAGUUUUCUAUAUUUACUAGAAAUGUUAAGUGUCCAUAAAUGACAUAAUUCUGAUAUAAAUUUUACACGUGAUUUCUAUCGAUAAUCUUUCAUUCCUAAUUAUAUUACAUAUUGUAUUACAAUUCGAACAUUUACUUUGAUAGUUUUCUUAUAUCGCCAUUUUUGCAUACGCUUUCGCGUACAGCAAUCAGUGAAUACUUUUCGGUGAAAAACGAAUAUCCUUCGACCAAUUCAAUAUAUUGCCAAAUUCGGGAAUUUUCUGAAAUUGCAAUUUUAUACAGUGUCCAUCGGCGAUAUAACGAAAGUGCAGUGUAGUAAGAUAACGAGGUUGUUCAAUGUUCAUUACCGAGGUUAGGUUUAUCUUAUUUGAUAGUUACGUCAAUGAGUAACGUUUUGACCUUUAAUCUCAACAAAAUAUCCAGCACUGCAUCAGUGUGUGUGUAUUGAAGUUCAUCGAUGCAAUUAAUUUAGCAGGAAACGCUGAACUUGGAGAACCAAUUAAUUUCUUGAGAAAUAGGAGAAUAAUUGCAUAAUCGAUCACAUAAUUCCAACAAUCAUGGAGACGUUAAUAUGCGUUCUACCAAUGAUACAUCUUAAACUGAUGGCUAAUACUAUGGAAACGAUGAUACUGAUCACCCAGAGGAUACUUAAGGCCUUACUGUUCCUUCUCUCUUGUGUGAUUAUACCCUUUACAUUAUUACAAUGCUUCAAUGAACGGAAACGAUUACCACCGAUCAAGAGCAAUGUCCUUUUCCUCUCAGCCACGGAACUCGCGAAACGAAUUCGGAGCAGAAAGAUUAGCAGCGAAGAAGUGGUCAGAGCGUACAUACAAAGAUGCAAAGACGUGAAUCCAAUUCUGAAUGCAAUUGUAGAAUCUCGAUUCGACGCUGCAACUCUAGAAGCGAAAGAAGUGGACCAGUUUCUGUCCCGCACCACAAAAACAGAAGAGGAAUUGGCCCGUGACAUGCCGCUUCUCGGUGUUCCCGUAACCGUCAAAGAAAGCAUUGCGGUACAGGGGAUGUCAUAUGGGGUCGGAGUGAAGAAGAAAACGAAGGAAGAAGCUUCCGAGGACGCGCACAUAGUGAAAAAGGUACGCGACGCAGGCGCCAUUAUUCUACUCGUCAGCAACACACCCGAGUUAUGUUUGUUCUGGGAAACCGACAACAAAGUGACUGGUACCACUUGCAACCCUUACGAUACUAGGAGAAACAGUGGUGGUUCUUCCGGUGGUGAGGCUGCACUCUUGAGCUCUGCUGCAUCGCUAGUGGGUUUAGUGUCGGACGUCGCUGGCUCUUCAAGACUUCCGGCCAUGUUUUGUGGAAUUUUUGGACAUAAACCUUCGGCUGGUUUGGUGUCGACUCACGGUCACAAACCAGGAUCGACUGAUAAAAAUUGGCCAUAUUAUUUUACGCUUGGAACGAUGGCACGAUAUGCGGACGAUCUUCCGCUUAUGAUGAAAAUCAUAUCUCAGUCGGACCAUGUUCGACAACGUCUUGAUCAGAAGGUAUCACUGAAAGAUGUAAAGUUCUUCUAUCUAUACAACUGCUGCCCAAUAACUAAUUCUAUCAAUGGAGAAAUGAAAGAUGCGAUGCGUAGGGUGAUAAAGCAUAUUGAGGCAAUGUUUGGAGUGCAAGUGCAAAAGGCAGAAUUGAGUGACAUGAAAUUCGCCUUCGACGUAUCAUCUCAUCUUUUGCUGGACUUGAAUGUCGACAGUGUUGGGGACAUGUUUUCUGGCAAAAUCUUCGUGGAAUUUUUGAAAUUAAUAUUCCAUGUGUCGUUACGCUCACUUUCGUUUGUUUGUUAUGGAAUGGUGCGUUGGGUCAACACUAAACGUUCAACGGCGUAUCACAAUAAAGUGGUUGAGAAGAAAACGUCGUUGAAGAAACAAUUCGAGGAUCUGUUAGGUGACAAUGGAGUUUUAAUUUAUCCUACAUUCAUAGCGCCAGCUCACUACAAAUAUCAAGCCUAUUCUAAGGUCGCUAAUUUUACAUAUCUGAUGAUAUACAAUGUAUUGGGGCUACCAGUAACUCAAUGUCCAGUUGGACUCAAUAGCAAUGGCUUACCCAUAGGCGUUCAAAUCGUUGCAAAUACGGACAAUGAUCAUUUGACGAUCGCUGUAGCUCAAAGUAUCGAGAAAGCAUUUGGUGGCUGGCGACUGCCACCCACCAGCGAAAUAUCAGUUUGACCGUGUGACCGUUUCUUAAACACAUAACGGGAUCUCAAGCAACAUUCUCACGCCAUCAGACAAUAUUUCGGAUCGUUCGUACAUGUACACAUAUCGUAUCACGUACGCCCUGGCUAUCGAUUUAGAAUAAGCAAAAUGCAAGUUCGACAAACAACGAAGACAUGAAAAUCAUCAAUAUUGUUGUCAUACUUUCAAUUCUAAUUCGAUGAUCAGGAGUUUUCAUUUCCCGUAGCGAUAACUUUAAAUAAGUCUUUUCUAAUAAUACCAUGAGAUUUAAUUUAUUACGAAUCGCAAACAUUUGUUUUCGUAAUUUCAUUGCACUAUGUUCCGAACUUACUGUACCAGUGAUGCAACUGUCGAGACAUGUAGUGUGUAAUUAGAUAAGGUGAUUAGUGUAGGACGCGUACGUGGAGUUACAGAUCUAUGUGAAAUUGAUUUCUCCGCAGUAAGAAUCAUGACAUAAUCUCUGUCACGACAUAGCAAAAUCGAAAAACCGUCCAGAAGCUGAAAAUUCAGGGAUUUUGUAAUAAAGAAAAAUUUCUGGCUAUCUAAACUUUCAUGUUUGUAAGUAUAAAAAAAAUUUGGAAAUUUUCCUAUAAGCAUUGAACAAAUCCUUAAUUUUGCUAUAUCGCAUCUACGGCUAUACUUAUUUCGCCUUUGUACAGUUUUAUAAUCAUUCACACUAGAGAUAUAAGAAAAUUGACAAGUGAAAAAAUUAUCCACAAGAGAUAAUAGUGUACAUACUUCAUAAACACAUUACAGAAAAAUCUCGAUAAUUUCCUCCUACAUAUAUUCAUGAUAAGGAUAAAUAUUUUGCGCUAUCAACGAAACAUUUAAAACCGUGUUCUUAAUUUAUAUGAUCUUAUUUUUUGUUUGUUAUUUAUGUAAUAUAAUGGUAUUUUUUUAUAUAAACAAUAAAGUUAUCUGUUAAAACAAAAUGGAUUCUUGUAAAUUAUUUUCCCGCCAAAAUCCUCGCACUGCGCUGCAGAGAAAAAAUAUGAUUAGAUUGUAAUGGAUGCACAAUUCAAGACUGUUGCGAUUGUUUUCUCCUUUAUGAUUACUCAUUAUGGAUAUAGCAAUGCUGUUUGUAUGCAAAAC